CGCUGAUUUUGUGGUUUGGGUCCUUUGAGGUGCCUUCACAUUCGUCCACAUUCGUGCCGCGGCUUGCUCGAGGACGGCUGUGCCGCGUGCAACGGCACCCAAAGUGUAGCACACAAAAGCCCUUGAGUCCCAGUCCACUGCGAGGCGGGAUACUCUAGCGCUCGACGUCGUCAAAAGCCAUGCUCCUGCGCCGCGCCGCAAGCGCGAUCAAAGCAGCGAAGCAGCGCCGCCACUACAGAGCGCUAGUCAAGCGAUCUGCGGCCGACCCACCAAACCUCGAGGAUCUAGAAUUAGAGACGGCGCCCGCACCACCCAAAGGCGACGCCACCGCGUUACUUAGAGUGCGCUACUCGUCGCUCAACUACAAGGACGGGUUAGUAUUAACCGGCUCCAGAGGUGUGGCAAAGUACCCGGUAGUCCCGGGCAUCAACCUCGUCGGCACCGUGAUACAGGACGCGCCCUUCGCCCCGCCCAAAGGUUCAAGAGUGGCCUGCGUCAAUGGCCAACUCGGGCAAACGAAUGACGGGGGCUACGCCGAAUUUUGUAGAGUGCCGUCCCAAGACCUGACUCUAUUACCUGAUUCGCUCGACGACUUCGCCGCGGCGGCCGUUGGGACGGCGGGGUUUACGGCCAUGCAGUGCAUCCUGCACUUGGAAAGAUACGGCGGCCUCGAUGAUACGCCAUCAACCGUACUGGUGACGGGCGCGGCCGGCGGUGUUGGAAGUUUGGCCGUGCAGCUCCUCGCCGCGCGGGGCCAUACGGUCAUUGCGUCGUCGUCGCGCGCUGCUGAAGAGGAGGCGUAUUUGAUGCGGCUGGGUGCGUCCAGGGUCGUGGGGCGCCUCGAGGCGCCGUCCAAACCGUUGGAUCGUGUGCGGUUCGACUACGCGGUGGACUGCGUCGGCGGCGACCCGCUCGCGCACUGUUUGUCGAGGUGCGGCGCGCGCGGCGCCGUGGCGGCGUGUGGGAACGCGGCGUCGGGCGACCUGCGGACCACGGUCUUUCCCUUCAUAUUGCGGGGCGUGCGGCUUUUAGGAGUGGACUCGGUGAACCCGCCCGCGGAGGAGCGCAACGCCGUCUGGGAGCGCCUCGACCGGGAUUUGGACCGGGAUUUGUUGGAGGCGACCACCACCACAAUUCCGCUGGCGGACGUGCCGCGCGUGGCCGAUGAUAUUCUGGAGGGGCGCGUCCGCGGGCGCGUCGUCGUCGACUUGGCGGCCUAAGACUUG